AGGCCUCUGGCUACCAAACCUCCGGGCUCUGUACCAGCUGCGCUCGCUUCCGGCACCAUGUCGGUGCGGACGCUACCGCUGCUCUUCUUGAACCUGGGUGGGGAGAUGCUUUACAUCCUGGAUCAGCGGCUGCGAGCCCAGAACAUCCCGGGAGACAAGGCCCAAAAAGUUCUGAAUGACAUCAUCUCAACCAUGUUCAAUCGAAAGUUUAUGGAGGAAUUGUUCAAACCCCAAGAGCUCUACUCCAAGAAGGCCCUGAGGACAGUCUACGACCGCCUGGCUCACGCCUCCAUCAUGAGACUAAACCAGGCCAGCAUGGAUAAGCUCUAUGACCUGAUGACAAUGGCUUUCAAAUAUCAAGUAUUGCUGUGUCCUCGUCCCAAGGAUGUGUUGCUGGUCACUUUCAAUCAUUUAGAUGCCAUCAAGGGAUUCAUCCAAGACUCCCCAACCAUCCUGCAUCAAGUGGAUGAGACUUUCCAGCAGCUGACUGAAAUAUACGGGGGUCUCUCUGCGGGGGAGUUCCAGCUGAUCCGGCAGACGCUCCUCAUCUUCUUCCAGGACCUGCACAUCAGGGUGUCCAUAUUUCUAAAGGACAAAGUUCAGAAUUCCAACGGCCGCUUUGUGUUGCCAGUGUCUGGGCCUCUUCCCUGGGGAACCAAAGUUCCCGGACUCAUCAGAACGUUCAACAGCAAAGGCGAAGAAGUGAGGAAGGCAGAAUUCAAGCACGGCGGGAGCUAUGUCGCUGCCCCCAAAGAAGGGUCUUUUGAACUCUAUGGAGACCGAGUCCUGAAACUGGGAACUAAUAUGUACAGUGUGAACCGGCCCGUGGAAACCCAUAUGUCUGGAGCAUCAGAGAACUUAGCUGCACAGACACAGGAAAGCAUUGCUCCAAACCCUCUUGCUAAAGAAGAGCUGAAUCUCUUGGCCAGGCUGAUAGGAGGCAUGGAGAUUAAGAAACCCAGUGGCCCUGAGCCAGGAUUCCGGUUGAAUCUCUUCACCACUGAUGAAGAGGAAGAACAGGCAGCGCUAACCAGGCCAGAAGAGUUAUUCUAUGAAGUUAUCAACAUCCAAGCUACUCAGGACCAGCAGACGAAUGAAGAGCUGGCUCGGAUCAUGGGGGAGUUUGAGAUCUUGGACCAGCCAAGGCGGAGUGCCAGCAAGGGCGAUGAUUUGCUUGCCAUGAUGGAUGAGUUAUAGCUGUGCUGACCAGGCACGACCCUCCCCCUACGGAGAGGCUUCUUGAUGAGGACCCUGGGGGAUGCCCCAGGGAGCCAAAUGAUGCUGCUAGUUUUCUACUAAGUGAAGCCCUUCCUUACCUCUUGUUCCUGUUUAUGUCCUAACGGACUGUGCGGGUCUCCCUCAGGGAGCACAGUCUCUGGAAGGCACACACAUAUUCCUAUUUUCAGCAAAAUAUAUUCUGGCUUUUACAUUGGACCUUUCCCAUGUUCUUGCUAGUUUUAUGGCAAAGCAUCCAGAGCCACAGGUUCAAGCCUGAGAGUCAGUAAGAGGGCGCUCCUGUUGCCGUUUUCAUUAUAGCUUUGCUCGGGGGACCUACUGCUCACAGAUGCCUGUGAAUCAUCACAAAACUUCAGAGCUUUCUCGGAUGUAUUCUGCCUCGUGAGUUUUGAUGUAAGUGGAAAAGGCAGUUGCCUCAAACAGUCGGGGCCCAGUUUAUACAGCCCUCCUCUCCCUGGCACACUGGGAACUGUCACCUCAGAGGCAGAGGGAGCAAGGCCGUGACAGGGAAUCCUCAGGCAGGCCCUGCGCAGAGCGCGUGGGUGUCUGUGGUUCUCCGCACAUCUCUCUAUCCAUAUGUAGUGUGCACUUAUCCCAUAUGGAAAUGUGUACCAAGGAAACAGCUUGCUUUUUAAGAAUGAUACUUCCUCCUUACCCCCAGAGUCUUCCUCUGCCACUUAGUGUUCUUGCCUUCUAAACACACGCAGCAUGAUGUGCCAUGACAUCUGUCUCCUCUGUUUCGCCAUUAGUGGCCAAGCAGAGCCUUAAGUUUGAUGUACGGGAGGUGCACAUGGUGUACCACUUUCCCUUCCGUGCACCAGGUGAGUGACUUCCCUGGGCAGGAUGCCAAGUCUAAUUGGGAUCCAUGAGAACCAUCUCAGGCCAGGGCUGCCCUGAUUGCUUCAGGAAGGAGGGUCAGCCCUCCACCUCACAUUCAUCCUGAAUUGAGUAACUAACUGGCAGGCUCAGGAUCAGCCAAUAUCCAGAGGUCAAGGUACAUUCAAUCCCAUGGAAGCAAUAUCCAGAACGGCAGAGGGUAGGGGAGAAACUGAGCUGAGUUGAUCAUUGCCUGAGAUUGAGCCAGCCACCAGGACCACUCAGGACCCUUGCACCUUAGCAAGAGUUGAGGCGAACAUAUUUCUGGAAUGCAAGGGUGCCUGUCCUUUAGCUUACCCAAGGCAUAGGGUUUGGAUACAGAAGGGUAAAUCACCCAAUAAAGUUGCUUCCUACCCAUGAAAGUGACUUUCUUACCCACCAAAGCCCCCAAAAGGUCCACUGAGGAGGAGAAGCACACCGUGCUGUGUAAGCUGCUGCUUACAGGCUUACAAAGUGCCUUCUGUUUUAGUCUCUUUUAAGCAAUCUGGCCACCAGUUGGGGUGGCCUGACUGGAUGACAAGUGAAGGGGAAGGCUCUGUCCUAGGUCUGGCUGCCACCGCACUGCCACAAACCUGAACUUCACUGUCUGCUCCGAGCUUGUCCUGGGGCCUUGGAGGUGGGCCACGGGCUUCUGAGAAGCAGGCUCCAGCCUCCAGCCUCCACCUAUCCCAGAGC